CUUUUUCUGGAUCAAGAGUGUAGAAAAUGGCAAGUUUAGUUGAGAGGCUUCGGGUUCGAUCUGAUCGAAGGCCCAUUUACAAUAUAGACGAAUCGGACGACGAGGCUGACUUUUUUCCGAAUAAAUCUGAUUCCGUCUCUCGUCAGGAGAAAAUUGAGAGGCCUGAUGCGAGGGAUGGUUCAUGUCAAGCUUGUGGGAGGGAUGGCAAUAUAUUGAGCUGUGAAACAUGUACUUAUGCCUACCAUCCCAAGUGUUUACAACCACCAGUGAAAGCUCCUCUUUCUGGCAGCUGGAAGUGUCCUGAAUGUGUUAGCCCUCUGAAUGAUAUGGACAAAAUACUUGACUGCGAGACACGUUCCUGUGCUGCAGAUGAGAGUGAUGUAUCCAAGCCGGGCUCUGAGCAAUCCUUCAUGAAACAAUAUUUAGUGAAGUGGAAGGGACUGUCCUACCUCCACUGCACAUGGGUGUCAGAAAAAGAUUUUGUUAAGGCAUACAAGGACAAUCCUCGUUUAAGAAUGAAAGUAAACAAUUUCAACCGUCAAAUGGAUGUGGCGAACAACUCUGAGGAUGAAUAUGUUGGUCUGCGACCUGAAUGGACUACUGUUGAUCGGAUUCUUGCAUGCAGAAGGAUCAGGAAGAAGGGGGAACCAGCUGGAAGGAGGCAUAACCGAUUCUGUUACAAGCAAGUGGCUCCACAAGAGACUAUAUAUAGCAGUAGGAAGAGAAGCAAUAGGCAGGAUGGAACUGAUCGAAAGGAAAAUGGAGGAGUGGGAAGGGGAGAUGCAACGCCUUCUAGGAUUGGAAAAAUCAAUAGAACAAUUGACCCAGAGCAUGGCCAAAAUGUUGCAAUCGAUGGAAGAAACCAGAAGAGCAAUGACGGUACUCUCCAACCCAAAAAAUUAUCUGAACAGAAGGAAGGAGACGGGACCAGCAGUAGUUGUGAAAAGGCUAUGCAACAUAACAAACUAGAGAAGUCCAUGGAGAAUCAUUGUAUUGUGGAAAAAGGGAAGUGGCCAGGAAGAGUAGGGGAGGAGAGUUAUGGGAAAUCCACUGUUACCAUGCCCCAAAAUAGAGAAGAGGACGCUGGCGGCGGGUGUGAAAACUGGAAAUGCUCAUUUUCUGCGGGGAAAAUCUGGAUGGAUGGUUGUUCCGAAUAG